UCCGGUGGAGACGUGGCUCUGUACUGCUGCCAUAUUGACGCUAGCUAGCUAACAAUCACACAACUUGAAGACAGCUGCACACUCGCACCUUGCUAUUCCACAGUGACUAGAGAUCACCAAAUCAAGAAACACCAGAGACGGAAGAUCGUCGUACUAUAGAGAGAGACCAAAAUGGUGCUGUUGGCAGCGGCGGUGUGCACCAAGGCCGGCAAGGCCAUUGUAUCACGGCAGUUUGUGGAAAUGACCCGGACGCGUAUCGAGGGUCUUUUGGCUGCUUUCCCUAAACUCAUGAACACGGGCAAGCAGCACACCUUUGUGGAAACAGACAGUGUUCGCUAUGUGUACCAGCCGCUGGAGAAACUGUACAUGGUCCUCAUCACCACCAAGAACAGCAACAUCCUGGAGGACUUGGAGACACUCAGACUCUUCUCCCGAGUGAUCCCAGAAUACUGUCGUGUGCUUGAGGAGAGCGAAAUAUCAGAGCACUGUUUUGACCUGAUCUUUGCCUUCGAUGAGAUCGUGGCGCUCGGCUACAGAGAGAACGUCAACCUGGCUCAGAUUCGCACCUUCACAGAGAUGGACUCCCACGAGGAGAAGGUUUUCCGUGCUGUCAGAGAGACUCAGGAAAGAGAGGCCAAGGCAGAGAUGAGGAGGAAGGCCAAGGAGCUGCAGCAGGCUAGGAGGGACGCUGAGCGCUCUGGGAAGAAGGUGCCAGCUUUCGGCGGCUUUGGCAGCGCCGGCAUGACCAGCGUCUCCUCAGGGUCCAUCAUCACAGACACCAUCGUCGAGCCUGAGAAGCCCAAGAUCACACCAGCUCCAGUCAGACCAAGUGGACCCAGUAAGGCUCUGAAACUGGGUGCUAAAGGGAAAGAGGUGGACAACUUUGUUGACAAGCUCAAGUCCGAGGGUGAAACCAUCAUGCCCUCCACAGGAAAGAGGGGCUCAGAUGUAUCCAAAGUUCUACCACCACCAGUCAACGUGGAGAGUGUACAUCUGCGUGUGGAGGAGAAGAUCUCGCUGACUUGCGGUCGUGACGGCGGCCUACAGAACAUGGAGGUGCUGGGCAUGGUGACGCUCCGAGUCACUGACGAUAAGAACGGACGCAUCCGCCUCGUCAUCAACAAUAAUGACAACAAAGGAUUGCAGCUGCAGACACAUCCCAAUGUUGACAAGAAGAUGUUCACAGCUGAGUCUGUGAUUGGCCUGAAGAACCCAGAGAAGUCCUUCCCUCUCAACAAUGAUGUUGGUGUACUGAAGUGGAGACUACAGACCACAGACGAGUCCCUCAUACCUCUAACCAUAAACUGCUGGCCUUCAGAGAGCGGUACUGGCUGUGAUGUCAACAUUGAAUACGAGCUGCAGGAGGAGAGCCUCGAGCUCAACGACGUGGUCAUCAGCAUCCCUGUACCGUCUGGUGUGGGAGCUCCUGUGAUUGGUGAUCUGGAUGGAGAGUACAAACACGACAGCAGGCGAAACAUUCUGGAGUGGUGCCUACCUGUUAUCGAUGCCAACAACAAGACCGGCAGCCUGGAGUUCAGCAUUGCCGGACAGCCCAACGACUUUUUCCCCAUCGCUGUGUCCUUUGUGUCCAAGCGCAACUACUGCGACAUCCAGGUUACCAAAGUGACUCACGUAGACGGCGACAGCUCUGUUAGAUUCUCCUCAGAAACCUCCUUUGUUGUUGACAAAUAUGAAAUCCUGUAAAAAAUAUUCAAAGAAAACGACAAAAUCAAAAAAAAAAUCACCAACAAAAAAAGUCCAAAUCUAUGCUACAGAGAAAGAUUGAAGAUUUCUUGCCUGCCCACCCUGUAUACUAUUUCAGAGACUGUGUACAUCGACAGGACUACGUCAGCCCUCUGGCAAAGCCUCUUCCUGUGGUGGAGCAGAGCAGCGGUGGUGUAUUUAUGUUUGUAUGAGAGAGGAUCAUCUAUAUAUAGAGUUAAUUGAACAGGAAAAACCCAAACAAACACAUUAAAGAAAACUACACUGAUGCUGUUGUGUUCGCCAAGCAGAACUGUAAAGAGGACUUGGGACUAAGUAGAGGAUGACUGCGGGGGUGCGGGAGAGGCCGGCGGCCGUCUCCUCGUCGAUCUAUCAGUAAAACCCUGCCAGGAGAUAGAGAGGGGAGAACAGGGACCACUGAAGAGGCCGCUGUAUCAGUCUCCACUAGAAUGAGCGCUGCUAGUUUAGCAUCCCUCCGAGCAUCACGCAUCCUCCACCCUUUCUUCUUCUUCAGUCACAUUACAGCGAAUCAUCGAAUAAGCCGAUCUUGAAUGGGGUUCUUGCUUUCUUUCUUUUCAGAUUUCCUUAUCCAUAAUAAUAACUGCAGAGUCGUAGCUGUCUCAGUCAUUAUAAGCCUGUCACUCUUUAAUCGUAAAACUAUUGUGAUUUGCUCUCUUGAUAUCUCACUUCAGACGAUUUGAGUUUUUCUUUUCGGAGUUUUUGUAGAGAGGUAACACUUCGCUGAAAAGCAGCAUAUGGCUCUGUGCUCAGUAUACUGUCUGUACUGUCUGCAGUCAUCAGCAAAACUGUCCUUUUUAUUUUUAACUGGUAUUUUUUACUGUUUGCUGUAUAAUUUGUCAUUGUUUACCACUAAUCUGGAUAAUUGAAAUUCAACCGUGACGAGCAGGACUUUGUAAGGAGCUCUCAGCUGCAGGGCAACUCACCCACCAGUAAAUACGUUUGACUGUUGCAUCUGUUGAAUUUUCUUCUUAUCAUAUUUUGUAACACCAUUGCAGCCACUCCUCACUUUGUCCGAAAGAGACGCCAUGUUUCACUCUGGUCCAUUUACGUCCAACGAUCAGCCCUCAGAUAUCGGAAGUACUUUGAACACGGCCCAGAAACAACAUCCAAGCCCUUAAUCCAGCGUCCCACAAGGCGUUAGGGAUCUGAGAUGGUGGAUGUGUGUUGGCAUGAUGGUGUAAAUCCAUACACACACACAUACACACACAGCAGGGAUCAGAGACCGCCAGCCUGAUAUACGACCCACUCCCCCUCACAUCCAAGGUAAGCAGAGAGCCCACCAGAGCCCUGGCAGUAAUCUCUGCUGUCCCCUGUUCAUCCACCGAGUCAUCCUUUACUUACAUUCUCAUAGUGCAUCAACAUUAUUCAAGAUAUAACUUGUCUUUCAUGUUAUUGUUUUUUUUUUUGUUUUUUUUGUUUUGUUUUUUUUUUUCCAUUUGUACUCCCCAAAUUUCAACUUAGCAAUGGUUGUGUGGAUGUGGGGUUGAAAAUGACUAGAUUGAGCAUUUUUAACUAAAUUACUGAAGGGGAAUCUUAACAUUCCAGUGUACAAUUAGAAAAAAAGAAUCUUUAAUGGAAUAAAAUGUAUUAUUGAAAAUGUCA